AGCAAUUCAAUAUAAAGCUUUUGUUAAAUGUGUAUGUUCGCUUAGUUAGAGCUCGCUAACGUUAUCUAAAAUAAAAUGAUAAAAUGGUCACUUUUCGUAGGCUGCACUUAAGUCAAAAUAUAGUUCUUUAAAUUAAGCCAGUGUGACUGAGAAUCUGAUAGCAUUAGCAGGAAUCAGGGUAAAUUAGAUCGCUUCUUCACAGUAGUAGUUCACACUGUGUGGUAAGCAAGAAUGUGGGGUGAAAUCGAACCACGCAGUUCAUCAGUCCCUCCUUCCACACCACACAAUCAUCAGCCUCAAGAUGAACCCAAGAUGGAUCAAAAUUCCUGUGAGUCUCCAGCCAUCAAUAACCAGGCAAGAAAUGCCAAACGCGGCGUCAAAAUACACGUUGAUGAAGGCUCCAGGAGUUUGACUUCGAUGAUAGAGGCCAUAGUAGCAAGUGGAAGUCCAGUAAAGAGCCAGCAGCUAGGAGAACCUGACCUUACGGUGGAGGAGAAAAAACAAGUGUUGAUGGAACAGUAUAAAGCCAAGCCCUUAGUCUUUCUUGAACGCUAUCAUGCACACUUACAACCCGAGCACUUGGAGGCCUUCUGUCAUGUAAGCAGUGAUUGUAGAACGCAGUAUUACUGUACAGAGGUUCAGAAACGGGCAUCACGUUCAGCCAACAGGACCAGGGUUCGUAACCAUCGCUAUGCAGCUCUCCGCACACUUCAGGAAGAGGGCCAAUACUUCAGUGAGGAGCAGAUGCGUAUUCGAGAGCCUCUGUUGUAUGAGCAGUAUAUUGGCCAGUACCUGAAUGAGGAAGAGAUCCUGCAGCGUUCUGAAGAUGCCAUGAAGAAUGGUCCAACAGGUCUGGCUGACCUGCUCAUUAAUUCUUACCAAGAGAAACUCCUUCAGAACCGCCUACAGGAGGAACAGGACAGAGAGGACUGUGCAGAGCAGGAGGACGAGCAGGAGAAUGACGAGCCUACACAGGUGGAGUGGGAGCCGACAGCAGAAGAAAAGACCAUGCUAAGAGAAGAGUUUUUAAGUCAAAUGCAUCAACGCUUCUUGGAUGGCAAAGAUCAAGACUUCAACUACAGUGAAGUGGACGAGAACCCAACUUACGAUAACCUGGACAUUGUAAGCCAUGAUGCAGAGGAGCGGUACUUUGAUGAAGAUGACGAUGAGGAGGAGGAAGAUGAGGAGGAAGAUGAAGAGGAAGAAAGCAAAAUGGUGUAAAGUUUUGGCAAUUGUUGAUUUAAAGCAGUUUAGUAUGGAGUAAAAUCGAAUGUGAAGUUUUGAAUGUAUUAUAUUUCAGUACAGAUGUACAAUAAAUUACUGCAUAUGUUAAA